AUGACGCCCCGUCUCCUAGGGGGCGGACACAGCAUGCCACAAAAGCAGUCCAAUACCUCUCAGUCGUGUAGCCAAUCAUAUUCUGAAACGCUGCUCUCAGCUGUUGGUGGCGAGACAUAUGAUGGGUGCCAGUUGCACCCGAUGAUUUGGCCUCGUUGGGGUCCGCGUAAUAUCCGCUACGCGGUGAGUCUUUCGCAACAGUCAAUACAAAGACACAACCAAGCACCCAUGAUGCCAGAGUCUCCUCAUGAUUCCGAUACCUCGCACGGCAUCUGUAGUCUUGCUGGGGCAGUCUGCGAUCAUCGCCCGAGAUUAGAGGACGAAAGAUCUCUCAUGAAUGAUGUCACUCAACUAUUUCCAAGGACUUUCAGUCGGUCUGAUGAUGAGCGACCAAGCAACUCAUAUUCGGGCCAUCGGACCAUCGACGGCGAGGAUCUUGCGGUUAUUUGCGGCAGAGGGUCCCCAUACAUGCCCAGAAUCGAACAAGACCGAGACGGUUAUGCUGCAGUGGAAGUAGAUGAGGACUGCAAUAUCACAGGACCGACCAUGCUACGAACUGUUGACUCCAUCGAACCCAUUCAGGCCUGGGCUGAACAUGAGCAGCAUGUACUCCCCCAAACAUGUCCCAAGAGCGACAAGUCGAUAAAAGCCGAGAAACUGCAAUACUGGAACCCAUCCUGGUUAUCAACUUCCGCCCUUCUCUCGUUCUGCAUAUCACAAGCAAUUUUCGCUACCAUAACAAUCAUUUUACGACAAUGGUCCAUCAGAGACCAUGGCUUUCCCGUCUUAACCACGAACCACUAUGCCUGGACAUACGGACCUACAGUUAUUUUGACGAUUGUUGGAAGUAUAUGGACGCAAAUCGAAUACUGGUGCAAGGUGCUCCAGCCAUGGCGCGAGUUGAAGAAUCGACCAGGACCUGCCCAACGAACAUUGCUUCUCGAUUACGUAUCACCUAUCCUCCCGAAUAAUCUUUGCAAAGCGGUGCGCUUCAGGCACUUACCCGUUUUUCUCUCCCUGUUGGGUGGCUUAACACUGAAAAUUGUCACGGUAGCUUCCACUGGUCUUUUGGCGUCUGGCCCUUCGCAAACAGUGUACAACAACAUCGCCCUUGAGCUUGACUCAGAGUUUGUUGUCGAUGAAUAUUUGAGGACUGGCGACCAAAAUUCUGUAUUGGAGUCUGUGAUUGACUUUGAAGCGUACGCGCUUCUUACGGAGGGUCUACCAUUCCCAGAUGGCAUCCAGUGGAAUUUGGCCUUUCAACGGUUCAAGCUUCCUGCCGACGCAACUUUGAACGGCAUAUUGUCAUCCAUCGAAGCUACCGUGGACACCUUUCAACCCCUCAAUCAAUGCGAGGAAGCAAAUGUAACCUUUGGUAACAUAAGUACCCUGAUUGGCGAUGGCCUCCCGAUCAGUCCCAACGUUUCGUGGCAUUCCUGUCCUUCUAUGCAGCCAGCAGACCUCAGCUUUGUCCCAUAUGCCAAUUCCAGCCGCAAACUAUACGGUAGUCCGGGUAUCGUUCAAUGCCCCCCUAUGAGCGCAUCACCAUGGGGGCUCGUUACGUUAUACGACCUACGAUACAAUCAGUCGUACAUUCCCUCAGCUGCCUAUAGAUACGAAAAGAACAGUACAACAGGAAAUUGGGCUCUCCAGAUCAUGCCGCCUACCGCAGUUGUAUGCAAUAUCUCCUACCUCAUGGUAAGGGCGAACGUGACAUACGACCUUUCACAAACACCCGCUGCAGUUACUGUGGAUUCUAUCAACAGCCAGAGUAGCAAUAACAGACUGCUCGAGAAUCUUACACAAAGCAUUUACGCCCAGCGUGUGCUUUACGACGCCGAUGAUAUCGCUGACUUAUUUGGCGAUGUUGAGUCGGCUGGAAUCGACGAACCUGAUACUUUCUUCAAUAUAUUGGCAAUGUUGGCCAACGCUUCAACUUUUGAAGACCUCUUGGGCAACCACUCCAAAAUGGCAGCAGCAGCAGCAGACACCUUCACUUACAUAGGGGUACAAGUGGCCAACACAUUCCUCAUCACAAACACCUCGGGCCCUUUGGUGGGAAGGGCUAGUUCAAUCUCAGCGAGACUUCUGGUGUCGUCCCUUGCGUCAUGGACAAUGUUCGCCGGGUUUUUACUCCUCGCAGCAGCAGGGAUAAGCCUGGUGUUUGUUCGGCCAAAGGAUGUCUCUCCAUGUAGACUGGGGACCAUCGGAGGAACUGCAUUUAUCCUAUCCCAAAGUCCUGAGGUUCAGGGUUUACUUGGUCACUGCGGCCACGCAGAAGCGGAUGACAUCGCUGAGUCCAUCGCUCUCUACAAUUUCCAAAGCGAAGCUAGAUGCUCCUGGAAUGAUAGAUUCUGCAUCACACCAAGCAGCAAUGUUUUACGUGAAGCUGUCCGGAAAAGUCCGACGGCCGGAGAUAUCACGUGGUGGACACCGAUACCGUUACGUCUCUGGCUUGCCAUUAUCAGUUUUACUUUACCAAUAGUGAUCAUUACGGUUUUAGAAGCUCUGCAGCGUCUUUCAAGUCGCCCAGAGGGUAUCAUAAUCCUAGACUCUCCGCAUAGUCUUUUGGCAACAUUUGGAACGAGAAUUGUUCCAUCGGCGGUGUUUAUAUGCGUUGCGCUUCUAUACGACGCCUUCAAGUUCAACCUGGUCCUCUUGACCCCGUUUGCAAGACUGAAAAAGGGCAAGGCCAAGGCAAGCGAAAGUAUUGAUGAGAACCUGCUCGGACAAGUAGCAGUCGUGUCUCUGCUUUCGGCUCUGCGGCAUCAUCACUGGCCGGCAGCACUGGCAAUGUUUGCCUCAAUUAUUGGGAGCUUCCUCACCAUCGCAGCAUCGGGUCUCUUCGUUGUCGACAGCAGCCCCGGGCCUGUGUCACUAUCUGUCUUGCAGGUCGACCGCUUUGAUCCUUCGUGGCCAAAUAGUUUGACCGAAGACGGGGGCGCCGCCGCUCUUCUGCCCAGCUUCGCGAUGCUAAACCUCUCAUAUCCGGCUUGGACUACGUUAGAGCUAACUAUCCCGAUGUUGAAUCUGUCCUCAAGCACUACAGAGCGAAUAUCGUCGUCGUCACAGAGAUCUAUCAAUCUUAUCUUGCCUGCUCUAAGAGCUGAGCUAGAGUGCGAACUUGUUCAGGCAAACACGACAAGCGUCGGCUUCGACGCGUUAAGGAGUACGAUUUUCAUCGAUAGCUCGACACAGACGCCAGCCACCUGCAACGUCAGUACGUCGAGCAUCGAGUGGUCUGUGGCAGUAUGGCUGCAAGGUGGUAAUAAUUGGAUCGGACAGAUGUUAGAUUUGCACCCUGGAGAAACACCUAGCUUCGGAGAGUUUGAGUACCCCGGGCAGGAGAAUAGCCCUCCUGGUUGCCCGUCGCUGGCGUUCACCUUCGGCAACUACUCGGGCGUUGACGACUCUCCACUAUCACCACCUGAUUUUCCAUCACCAACACCACCCGACUUCUCAUCAUCACGGACCAACUUUUCAUCAUCACCAACAGACUUCUCGAUCAUGUCCUGUUAUCAGCUUAUGGCGCAAGUGCAGACCAACGUCAGCCUGAGCGUCCCAGACUUCGCAGUCAUAUCAGCUGUUCCGGACGAGUCCUCGGUCGAGUAUCUCUCAAGCGGGCCAGACGGCCAGACUGCAUUUUCCUGGCGCCCCCAAGCGGAGCUGAACAUGAAGGUGGCUAUUUGGAACGGGAAUUUCGACUUUGGAGGGGUAGACGCUGCAGCUAUGGCAGAGUAUCCAAACGAUCAAUACUCCAUUGACGCUUUCUAUGCUCUGCUUUUGAGCAGAGGGACGCCCCCCGAGGACUUAUGGGGACCACAGAACCGCGAGAGAUACCUAGAUGCUGUCCAGACGGUAUACCGACAAUACAUGGCGCAGGUUGCUUCAUUGAUGAUGCGAGUACCUCUCAACGUCACCGAGCAGGCUAGCGCUGUGAAGUACGAGGCGACUUGGAUCGACCCAGACCGGGCAGUGCUCCGGCAGAACACACCAUCCAAGCUGUUGCUGCAGAUUAUACUUGGUACAAUGUCAGCAUGUGGCCUGGCGGCGUAUCUGAUCAUGGACACCAAGAAAGUGUUGCCGCACAACCCUUGCAGCAUUGCAGGUAUGGCGGCGCUGCUCGCUGGUAGCACGAUGUGCGGCGAGGCCUUGGCAGAUACAAGGACUUGCAACAAUCGGUCUCGUCAGAGGUAUUUAUGGGGCUCUUGGCUGUUCAGUUUGGGUUGGUGGGAUAAGGAUGACGGGGCACCGCAGGCCUCCCAAAGGUUCGGCAUUGACAUUGGGGAGGCUCGAAGGGAAUCACUAAUGAAAGCAGACUGA